UUUUUCAGAUCAAAAAUAGAAAAUCAUGCAGAUAAUAAAAUCAACUUAAAAAUUUAUUUUUAUUUUUAUUUUUAUUUUUUUGGAUAAAAAAGACAGAUCUGAGUUCCAGAAAUCGAAUCGAAACCCUUGGACAGAUCUCAUUUCCAUCACUCUCUCUGUCUCUCGCAUUCUCAUUUCCUGGAUUCCUAAUGGUUUUCUACAUCCAUGAAGCUUUGCCUCCCUAUAGAUACGUAUAGAUCAAAUUAUAUACAUAUAUAUCUAUAUUGGCGAUUGGUGUUGAGGUGUGGCGGAGAUGGAUCAUUCGUAUCAGCGGCGGAGAGGAGUGGUGGUGCCGGAGCCGUGCCCUCACUUGGCGGAGUUCCGAUCGCGGCGUGGUGGUGCGAAGCCGUUCAGGGCGUUGCAGGAGUGUCUGAGGGUGCGCCCGCCAGGCCGUGCGGCGAUCCGCAGGGACCCCAACGAGGUGCCGCGUUGCGCCUCCUGUGGCUCUUCCACACCGCCGCGGCUCUAUGCCUGUGUUGCCUGCGCCGCCAUCUCCUGCCACUCCCACGCUGCAUCGCACGCGGCGGCGGCUGCAGGGCACGAGAUCGCCGUCGACGUCGACCGGGCGGAGUUGUUCUGCUGCUUGUGCCGGGACCAGGUGUACGACCGCGAUUUCGACGCCGCCGUGGUCCUCGCGCAGACCGCCGCAUCCACUCUCGGAGGCGGAUCCGCGAUCCGAUCGCCCCCUGAGAACCUCCGGAAGCGGCGGCGCGUGGAUUACCGGCCUUGGUCCCCCGAUGUGAGGGAGCGCGCGUUGGUGGGGAGAAAUUCGAGUCCGUUGAAUCGAAGAACAAUCUUGGGUGGAGACUCGUCGUCUUCAGACCUACCUUGGGGAUUGCGAGGGCUCAACAAUCUCGGGAACACAUGCUUCAUGAACUCUGUGUUGCAAGCAUUUCUUCACACUCCGCCAUUGAGGAACUAUUUCUUGAGCGAUCGCCACAAUCGGUAUUUUUGUCAGCAGCAGAGCAGCAGUGUUAAGAAAAACGACACCAAUUACAAUAAGAAUUCCAGACUUUGUUUGGCUUGUGACAUGGAUGCAAUGUACUCAGCUGUGUUUUCGGGAGAUCGGAAGCCCUAUAGCCCUGCAAAAUUUCUAUACAGUUGGUGGCAGCAUGCAGCAAACCUGGCAAGUUAUGAACAACAGGAUGCACAUGAAAUUUUCAUUUCCAUGCUUGAUGGGAUUCAUGAAAAAGUGGAGAAGGAUAAAAGAAAGCCCCAUAGUCAAGGCAAUGGAGACUGCUGUAUUGCGCAUAGAGUAUUCUGUGGCAUCUUGCGAUCUGAUGUCAUGUGUACUGCAUGUGGUUUUACAUCAACAACAUAUGAUCCAUGUGUGGACAUCUCAUUGGACUUGGAACCAAGCCAGGGCGGUUCUGGAAAAACAUCCACAAAAUCCUUUCACUCUUCCAAUACCGAGGCAGAUUCGAAGAAUUCAAGCCAAAACUCUGGAAUAUCUACCCUGAUGGGGUGUUUGGACCGUUUUACAAGACCUGAGAGAUUAGGAUCUGACCAAAAAUUCUUCUGCCAACAGUGUCAAGUGAGACAGGAAUCACUCAAACAGAUGUCGAUAAGAAAGCUUCCAUUGGUUUCUUGCUUUCACAUCAAAAGAUUUGAGCAUUCUCCAAUCCGAAAUAUGUCGAGGAAAGUUGACCGUUAUUUACAGUUCCCAUUUUCCUUGGACAUGGCACCUUAUCUCUCUUCAUCUAUCUUGAGAAGUAGAUAUGGAAACCGGAUUUUUUCUUUUGAUGGGGAUGAGCCGGAUGUUUCCAGUGAGUUGUCUUCGGAGUUUGAGUUGUUUGCUGUAAUCACUCACACUGGCAAACUAGAUGCUGGCCAUUAUGUGACAUAUUUGCGGUUAAGUAAUCAAUGGUACAAGUGUGACGAUGCUUGGGUCACUCGAGUGAAUGAGAACAUCGUGAGGGCUGCACAAGGAUACAUGAUGUUCUACGUACAAAAGAUGCUAUAUUACAAAGCAAGUGAAAGACCAGUUGCCUCGUGAUAUGCUACAGAAACCAAGCUCAUGGAUAAAACAAUUGCAGUGAAUAGAAGUUUGAACGGUUCAUUGGCAGUCAAAUGGUUCAUAUACAAUUAUUGAAGAAAACGGCCAUUGUUACACGCUGUGAAGAUCAAUUUUAUUGAGUUGCUGUUAUCAUCAGUCAAAAAUCAUGCAACUCUUUCUGCUGCUCUGAGUACAUUUUUUAAGAGGUAAUUUUGUAAAAUCUCAGUUGGAGCGUAAAUUGAGCCUGAAUAUUUGGUGGCGUUCUCCUGCAAUUUGGAACCUUUUAACAUAAAAAUAUGGAUUCCUAAAAACAAGAAUAGGAAAAAGAAAUAGAAAAGAAUCAUUUCAAUUGAUUAAUUUUUCCCUCUGCAUUCAAGUGGUGUCAGUGGGUUGAUUAUUUGUGUUCUUUAAUUUCUGUUUUAUUAUUUAAACUUGGAUCCUCUGGAGUUGCAAGCUACAGUUUGCUAAUAUACUAAUCCCCCUUUACAUGGUUA